AUGAUCCCUUUAAAACGCAGGAAAGUAGUCCAGACUGUUCUGUGUGACAGGGAGGCAAGUAAGUUCCCUGAUGUUGUUAUUUACAUUCUGGAGAGAAAGAUGGGGUCUAGCCGUAAGGCUUUUCUCACUCGCCUUGGCAGGAGUAAAGGGUUCCUGGUUGAAGAAUCAUAUAGCUCUGAUGUCACUCACGUCGUAGCUGAAAAUAAUUCUGGGGAGGAGGUCAAAGCCUGGCUACAGAACCAGACUUGCGGAGGAAAGAGUUCUGGUUCUGUCAAUCUCCUGGACAUUAGUUGGUAUACCGAGAGCAUGGGGAAAGGCAGUCCUAUUUUAAUUGAAGACAGACACAGAUUAAAGGUUGACCUGCAGUCAAACACAGACUCUCCUACAUUUGCCAUAGAGAGCUACGCCUGUCAGAGGAGAACUCCACUGAAGCACCAUAAUGCAUCUCUCACAGAGGCUCUGGAGCUGCUUGCGCAGAACGCUGAAUUCACGGAUAACGAAGGAAGGAGUGUAGCAUUCAGACGGGCGGCGGCAGUUUUGAAGACGCUUCCUCGGGCUGUGCGCCGGUUGGAUGACCUCAAGGGUUUGCCGUGCUUGGGUGAGCAUUCGCUCAGAGUCAUAAAGGAGAUCCUAGAGGAUGGCGUCUCAAGCGAAGUGGAAUCAACGAGGCAAUCAGAGCAGUAUAAGGCUAUGAAGGUGCUGACUGGUAUUUUUGGGGUCGGGACAAAGACUGCUGAGCGCUGGUUUAGAGAAGGGAUACGGUCUCUGGCAGACCUAAAAACCAGAGGGGGAAGACUAAAUCGAGAACAACAGGCAGGACUAGACUACUAUGAUGACUUGAACAGACCCGUCUCUAAAGCCGAGGCUCAUGCCAUUGGUCAGAUUGUGGGGGAGGCGGUGCGAGCCGUGCUCCCUGGGGCGGAGAUUACGCUCACUGGAGGGUUCCGAAGGGGUAAGGAGGUGGGUCAUGAUGUGGACUUUCUGAUCACACACCCAGAAGAAGGAAAAGAAGAGGGUUUGAUGCCUAAGAUUGUCAGUUGGUUGGAGACCAAGGGUUUGCUGUUGUACCAGAAAACUACCAGAAAUUCAUACUUAGAAUCCAAAGAUGGACCCGUUCGACCCUCCCACAACAUGGACCGCUUUGAGAGAUGUUUUUCCAUUUUCAAGUUGAAGAGAACGCCAGAAGUCUGCGGUACGUCCAAUCAGAGCGCCGGUCAGAAUGAUGUCACGGAGGGAAGUGAUGUAAGACAACAGGAAGUCCAGUCAGAGCCAUCUGAUUGGAGAGCUGUUCGAGUUGAUCUUGUAGUUAGCCCCUACAGUCAGUUCGCCUUCGCUCUGCUCGGCUGGACAGGGUCAAAGCUGUUUGAGAGAGAGCUUCGGCGAUGGGCAGGUCAGGAGAAGAGCAUGUCUCUCAGCAGCCAUGUCCUGUACGACCGCGCACAGAACCGUUAUCUCAGGGCGAGUUCGGAGGAGGAGAUAUUUGCCCUCCUGGGUCUGGAGUACAUCCCCCCCUCUCAGAGAAAUGCUUGA